GCUGCGGCGGGCGGAGCCUGUCCCUGAGACGAGGCUCGUGAAGGCUCGGCGCGUGCCGGCUCCCGCAGCAUGGCGGCCGGGCGGUAUCUCCUCGCUCUGGUGCUGUGCAGCGCCGGCGGCGUGAUUGGCUUCAACCUGGAGCCACGCAUCCCCAUCAUCAAGAACGGCGCUCAGGAGUCAUUCUUCGGCUUCUCGGUGGCGCUGCACCAAUCGCUUGAGCAGCGGACUGACGGCAGGACAGACCGGAAGAGCUGGCUGCUGGUGGGAGCUCCGCUAGGGAAGAACCUGCAGCCACAGACGGAGAGGAGCGGCGCCUUGUGGAAGUGCCCGCUGACCACCCUCAGCAGCGACUGUGUCCAGGUCGCCACGGAUGGCCGGCGGGAUCCUGUCACCGAACGGUAUCGCGCCGACGACCCCACGCUCUACCCUCCGAGCAACAAGGAGCUGAAGGAGGGCCAGUGGAUGGGCGUGACCGUGCGCAGCCAGGGUCCUGGCCGCAAGGUCUUGGUGUGCGCCCACCGCUACGUCGAACGCGGCGAGGCCAACGACUACCACUGGGGCCACGGCUUGUGCUACACGCUGAAGCAGGACCUGGACUUCAGCGAGGCGUGGUCGCCGUGCUUCAACCUUGAUACAAGCAGGGCACACGAGCAGUACGGCUACUGCCAGGCGGGCACGUCCGGCCUGUUGACGGACGACGACAACGCCGUGAUCGGCCUGCCCGGCCCCUACACCUGGCGAGGCACCGUGUUUGCCGUCAACAUUUCCGACGCGUACCUGCUCCGAGACAAGGUCCAGUACUUCGGGCCCGUCACCGAGCGCACCAGCCCCGUCGACAAGUACAGCUACCUGGGCAUGGCUGUGGCGUACGGCAGGUUCUUCCCCCGGCGCAACAGUGACUCCAUGGUUGGCGGCGCGCCCCGGUCCAAAGGAACGGGACAGGUGGUCUUCUUCUCGAGGGAGCGCAUUGGACAGAAGACUCUACGAUACGAUCUGAUUCUGGACGGCGAGAUGUUCGCCUCCCAGUUCGGCUACGAGCUCUGCGCGAUCGACUUCAACAACGAUGGGAUGACCGACCUGGUGGUGGGAGCACCGUUCCACUUCACCGACACGACCGGCGGCGCCAUAUACAUCUACAAAACGCCCCGCACCGGACUCACCAAGGAAACGGAACGGAUUCGCAUCACCGGGGCGCCCGAGUCGCGGUUCGGCUUCGCCCUGUCGAACCUGGGCGACCUGAACAAGGACGGCUUCUCGGACCUGGCGGUAGGCGCGCCGUUCGAGGGUCACGGGGUCGUGUACAUCUACCUGGGCGGCCACGAAGGUCUGAGCACGGAGCCCGCCCAGGUCAUCCGCUCGGAGAACGUGGUCGGCGCGCGGGCGCCCAUCACCUUCGGCUAUUCUCUUGGGGGCGGUACCGACAUCGACGGCAACGGCUACCCGGACCUCCUGGUCGGCUCCUUCUGCAACGACACGGUGGCCCUGAUCAGGGCGCGCCCGAUCGUCGGCAUCGUCACCAAGGUGCAGGGCUUGGCCCAGCUGGAGAGCAUCGACCCGAGUACCACCGGGUGCGCCGCGCGGCCCGGCAGCGAGGAGAAAUGCGUGCCGUUCCAGGCCUGCUUCAAGAUGGAGUCGCUGGAGCAGCUGAAGACAACGGUGGACUUGGAGUACCGCCUGGAGGCGGAGACCUUCCAGCCAGGUCGGCACUACUCGCGGGUUCGGUUCCUGGACGGCCUGCCGCAGCGGAAGCACAUCGUGGAGAAGACGCUUCCGCUGAGCGCCACCAACACGCGGCAGUUUAUCUGUCAGGAGGAGGUCAUGUUUGUCAAUAAACAAACACUUGACAUCCAGACGCCAAUCCCGAUCAAGCUGACGUACUCGCUGAAGCAGCGCAAGCCGCGCCAGGCCUACCCGGGCGCCUCUCUCCCCGACAUCGACAACUUCCCCAUCCUGAACCAGCAGGAGGCCUCCAAGGUCUUCCUCGCGAAGUUCACCAAGAACUGCGGAAACGAUGAGAUCUGCCAGAGCGAGCUGCUGGUACAGCCUGAGUUCGACCUCCGCAAGGACGACGAGGGCUUCGCGGUGCUGGUGCUAGGGCCUUCACAAGAGCUGCGCGUCAACGCUACCGUCAUCAACCACGGAGAGCCGGCCUACGACGCCCGAAUGUUCAUCGGUCACCCGCCCCACAUCAGCUUCAUCGCCAAGGAGCCGCGGGACAACAACGUGGUGUGCAACACGCACGACUCCAAGACGGUCGUCUGCUACCUGGGCAACCCGGUGGAGCGGGGCCGGAGCGACAUGGUGCUCCGCUUCGACGUCAGCCAAGUGGACGACGACGACGACCAGAUCGAGCUGCGCUUCAGCACCAACACGACCUCUGAGCAGGUCAACCAGCAGGGCGAGGUGGACAUCCGCGCCCGGGUCGCCAAGCGCAGCGAGGUCUCCGUCUCCGGGCGGGCCCAGCCGGAGCAGUCGUUCUACGGCGGCGAGGUGCGCGGCGAGGCGGCCAUUCAGUACCUGGACGAGAUCGGCAGCCCCGUGAUGCACAAGUACGAGGUGUACAACGCCGGCCCGUCCACCGUCGAGUACGUGGACGUGCACAUCGAGUGGCCGGCCCAGGUGCAGAGCGGCGGCGACCAGGGCAAGUGGCUGCUCUACAUGACCAAGCCGCCGGUGGUGCAGGGCGACGGCGAGUGCUUCCUGGAUAAGGUGCACGUGAACCCGCUCAACCUGAAGCAGCGGCAGGAGGAGCCGUCUUUCGCCCCCGCCAGUGUAUUCGGAGCGUACGUGGGCGGCUACCAGAGCUCGUCUUCCUCGUCCUCGUCAACCUCGAUCUCUGGUGGCAGAGGAUCGUCAGGUUCGCAGGGUGGCAGCUCGUCCUCCUCGUCGCAGAGCAGCAGUUCGUCCUCCUCGUCGCAGGGCGGCUCUUCCUCCAUUUCCACCUCGUACAACCGCAGCAGCACGUCGAGCAGCUCGUUCAGCACCUCGUCGGGCGGCUCGUCCGGCGGCGACCACCACGACCGGGUGGUGGUCGAGGACACGACUGUGCGCAAGACUGACCUGAGCGGUGGCCUGAACGCGGUCGACUCGCGACGGCGCAAACCGGACGACGCGUACCGGCGCCGACGGCCGCUGGACCGCGACAGGCAGCAGGGCCGCGGCUCCACCUACGAGAGCAGUAGCAGCAGCAGCAGCAGCAGCUUCGGCGCUGGCGACGGCUCUCGGCGCACCUACGCUCGUGUUGACGGUGAUAGGGAGGACGACUAUGGCCAGGGCAUUCGCGGCGGCGGCUAUACGAGCUCAGAGCGGCGCACCUAUCAGACCAGUCAGAGCGCAGGCGGCAGUGGAGCGGCGUCCGUUGACCGGAGGGGAUACGGGACCGGCCAGAGCUCCGGUGGCGCGGCGGGAGGUGGCCGCUACAGCAGCAGCAGCGACGAGCUGGAGCGACGCUACGGCGCCGGCCAGGGCUUCCGCACGAGCACGCUUGAUGUCGGAGGGGGCGGCGGCAGCGACAGCGGCCGAGGGGGCUUUGCUGGCUCACGUGGCGGUGGUGACGGCGGCGGCGGCAGAGGCGGCGGCGGAGGUCGCUACGACAGCAGCAGCGGCAGCAAUGACGAGUUGGAGCGUCGCUACGGCGCCGGCCAGGGCUUCCGUACGAGCACGCUUGAUGUCGGAGAGGGCGGCGAUAGCGAUGGCGGCCGAGGUGGCUUUAGCGGCUCACGUGGCGGCGGCGGUAGCGGUGGCGGCAGAGAUAGCGGCGGAGGUCGCUACAGCAGCAGCAGCAGCAGCAGCAGCAGCAGCAGCAGCAGCAGCAGCAGCAGUAAUGACGAGUUGGAGCGUCGCUACGGCGCCGGCCAGGGCUUCCGUACGAGCACGCUUGAUGUCGGAGAGGGCGGAGGCAGCGAUGGCGGCCGAGGUGGCUUUACCGGCUCACGAGGUGGCGGCGGUGGCGGCGGCGGCGGAUUUUACGCGGCAGGCGGCGGCCGCCAGAGCGAGUACGGUGACGACCAGUACGACUCCGAGUACGACGGGCCGACUGGGCGGCCGCGACGCCCUGGCGGUCGCCGCCGCGGCUACUACCGCCGCCGGCGGCCGUUUGGCGGCGCUGCCGGUGCCGGCGGCAACCAGUCGUACUCGUUCCAGCGGCGGUACGAGUCGCGCCGGCCGUACCCGGGCAUCACUGACCGGCCAACGGACGACCUGGAGGCGCGCCGCGACGAGCUGAGCGGGCGCCGCGUGGCCGGCGGCACGGAGCACGUGGAGCGCACGGACGGCGGCACGCGGCGCACGUACCAGGCGCACCGCCCGCUGAACGGCGGCUACGAGCGCGAGGAGCUGACCGAGGAGGAGCGACGCCUGAGGCGCGAGCAGGCGCGACGCACGCGUCGUGACGCCGGACGGCGCCGCGUCAGGCGCGAGCAGGAGAUGGUGGUCAUGCCGGAGGCUGUGAGGUCACCAUCGGGAGAGGUGCACCAAGUCAUCUUCAUGGACUGCGAGCGCAACUCAGCGAAGUGCAUCAAGUUCCGCUGCCGCAUCCACAACCUCCCGGAGAAGCGGAACGCGCUGGUGUACGUGCAGGGCCGCAUCUGGAACAGCACGCUGGUGGAGGACUACGCUGACGCCUCCUGGGUUUCAAUCAAGUCCCGCGCCACGCUGGAGAUGGACCCGUCCAUCGAGAAGCUGCAGGAUAUCUCCGACGACGUGUUCGCGGCCGAGACGCUCGCGUACCCGGACCUGCCGCGCGAGGCCGAGGGCGGCGGCGUGCCCAUCUGGGUGAUCAUCGUGUCCGUGCUGGCCGGCCUCCUGCUGCUGGCGCUCGUCGUGCUCAUCCUCUGGAAGCUGGGCUUCUUCAAGCGGCGGCGACCCGACCCGACACUCAAGUCCAACAUCAGCCGCUAGUCGCCGCCGCUAGCGGUCCUUGUGCUCGCCGCGGUGGCUGCCAUCGAUAGAUCGAGUGCCGUCCACGAGCCCCGCGGUCGCGCUGACGCCAUGCCCGCCUGCGGGACCGGACAGCGCACCCAAACCGGACAGCGCACCCGGAGUGGACAGCGCACCCGGAGUGGACAGCGUUCCUCGGUGGAGUGAGCUCUCCGAACCCCGACGGGUUGCGUCGUGUCGUGCCAUGAGUGUGCGUGAGUGAACGCGGCACGCCGUGCCAAAGGACGGAUUUCGGACGGCGACGUGGGCGGCGCGGGCCUGAGGCGCCGGGGGAGAGGGACGCUGCUCAACGGCGCGCAGACGGUCGGUCCCCUCGCGCGGGCGCCUGCGUCGGCUCGGUGUGAAAUGUGGGACGGGUGGCUGGUGGGCGCGCCCCGCCUGCCGUGUCGGCUGUCGAUGUGAUGGCGGAAAGUGAGGGUGGUCAAAUCUGCCGCCCCUCUCCGACUGACGUGUCUGUUUCUAUUUGUGAAAGGUCAUUAUUGCGCUACAGCUUGAAGAGCUAGAAUGGCGUGCGCUAGUUAAUGUUCUCUUCGGGCAGCUAGAGGUAGGUGUGGAGCGUUUUGUACGUGGGAGUCAUCCCUUCUUCCGGCUGGCUUACUGGUCUGCAUCACACGUUCUUCCGCCGAGCCUUCUUCCACUUGAAACGCGUGGCUAUUUCAGCCAACAUUUAUAUUGCAACCAAUGGUGCUUGUCGCAUCUAGUUUUUAGCUCUCGAGUGUGUGCAUUGGAUUUUACUUGACGACGUUGACGGGUCUCCCGUCGAUGGGAGCCUUGACGUCCAUGACAGGUUUCACUUCUGCCCUCGCCAGACACUCUACACACGGCUUACCCACGCGUACACUCUCAUCGACUUUGUCGCCUUGAUUUCCAAGUCGCUCAUUUUCAUCCCGGCAUUUCCGCCACCGAUGAAGCGCUGCCGGAGGUGUUCUUCGUGCGGCACCACGGCCGGAGUUGUUAUGCGGAUGCAUGGGAGGCGCGUGCCGCGGCCACGUCCUGCGGCAGUCUCUGUAGCUCGGGGCCCCGGCCAGCCGCGUAAGGUCGGGCCACACCGCCGGGCCCAGCGUCCUAAUACUGUGAUAUUAACCUAGGACCGUCAGGCGGGCGGCCGCGCGGUGGGCCGCCGGCGGCGCGCGACGCGGCGUCGAGUCAGCGCCGCGCUCCCGCCAGACUCUCUCCCCACUCCUGAAAGUGUGCUCCUGCGCCGAUCCGCGCCGCCGGCGCCGUCCGGUGCCCAGGUCGCCAGAGGGUAGCCGUCUGCCGCGUCCCGGCGGCUCCAGCCCCGCCGCUCUGCCGCGGGGCCCGCCGCGCGCCCGCCCGCCAGAUAGUCUCGAGCGUGCGCGCGUGAAAGAGUAGCGGGACGCGUCCAGCUGUGCGCGCCUCGCCGUGUGGAGGCUCUGCCGCGCGCAGGCCUGCCGACUGCACUGCCUCGCUGCGUUCGUCGCGUCCCGUCAGGCGAUGCAUGUGGUGCAAGAUGUGCGCGGUUUCUCGACUAAUAGAGCACUGACCGAU